AUGAGUGUGAAGCCUUCCAUCUGUGGUGAAUACGGAAAAUGCUUCAUUCAAGCUUGCACUUUAGAGAAACAUCAGAGAAUUUAUAUAGGUGAAAAGCCUUUCAUGUUUUAUCAGUGCGGAAGAUACUUCAGUCUAAGUGAAAACCUGAAACGUCACGAGGAAAUUCAAGCAGUUGGAAAGUCUUACCAGUGUGAAAGCCUUUGUUCCGGGAAUGCAGAUGACAGAGCGCCCGAAGUUGAAAUAGGAUACCAACGUAGGGUUGAUGAUAAAUAUUCAAACCAACAGGAGCAGUCGGGAACACACGAUGGAGAUCAGAAUAACAUACAAGCAAAUGAGACUGAUUCAGUGGCGGACGCUGGAAGUGCAAUAGUUCAAAUGUUGAUCAGGUAG